GAGCGUUUCACGCGCUACUCAGGUCCUGAGCAAUUCGGUAGCCUCUGGUAUCGACAUGGCCUUGGCCCAAAAUUUAUUAGGCAGUGACGACUAUGUGAUUAAAUGCGCUAAGCCCACACAGAUGUUCGUUAAAAAAAUGAAUGAUCUCUUUGAUGAAUUGGAUGCAAAAAGAUUCCAGUCGAAAAAUCCUUCAAAAUGUCCGAUUAGGCGUGGUGACACCAAAAAAAUUCAUAGAUUAAAUAAACAUCUAGAUUUUUUGCGGUCAUUAAAGUUGCCGGGAAACGCACGCGUUAAGUGCAUCGAAGGUUUCCGCAUAACGAUUUUAGCGAUGCAAAAGUUAUGCGAGGAACUUUUCAUUGAGCACAGCUCCCUCAAAUUUAUUUUCACCGGGAAAAUGAAUCAAGAUGCGUUGGAAAACUUUUUCUAUCGCAUACGGGCUAGUCAGGGUAUGAAUACCCAUCCAUCAGCUCACGAAAUUCAAUACAUAGUUGCGCGACUGAUCUCAAUGAAAAUUUUACGCCAGAAAUUUGAGAAGAAAGGUUCUAAUUGUACAGAUGAUGACGAUAUGAAUUUAGAUUGGUAUAUAGGCCCCGAGGAUCGUCAUCUUGAGGCAGAAGUAGGAGACCAGCGAAAUGAAGAUCUCAUUUUAGAAGAGAUUGAUGUGGAAGAUUUAAAUUUUGCUGAAGAAAGUCAUGAAGCUGAGGUACAAGUGCAGCGUUACUUCACUGGCUAUGGUAUUUACCAGAAAGUGCUGUGCAAGUUACAAUGUGAAAAGUGCACCCACGCCAUGACGAAAACAAAAGGGGAGCUGAAGUUGCAUUCAGAAGCCCUGAUAAGGUCAAAAAACUUCACGGAUGACAGCGAUUUAAGGCUUGUCAAUCCUGAAGACAGGGUUUUCGAAGUGUGUCGACUCCAAAUGGUGUGGUACCGUAAGCUCUUCGCAAAAUAUGCCCACAUUGCAGGUCUUAGGUGUUCAAUGUUGUCCGCUCUAAAAGAAAAAACACAAAAAGAGUUUCCCGACUGGUUUAUAGUAUCUGGCGAAUGUAGAGAUCAUCGCGUGAAGCUAUUAGAUUUUCUCUUAACUGUCCUUUUAUUCAAGAAUGCAAAGUGGCUCUUGCGAAAUGAGGCCAAUAAUGCCAAAGUCAGAAAAAUUCAAAAUAAAUUAAAAAAGCUGUAGGUUGUAAGUAGGUUGUAAGCCAGGGCCCAACGAAAAGAGAUUCACCGCUCACCCAGGGUUUUCCUCUUUUCUAUAUUUCAGGUUUUUUUAUUUAUAUAUUUUACAGGUAUUUUCCGUUUCAGGUUUUUUUCUAUUUUUUAGUCUAUUUUACAGGUUUCUUUUUUAUUUUUUCUUCUCUUUCAGCUAGCACCCGAGCCUAGAUUUUUAAAGCACUACAAUUUUUUCUUAAUCAUGAUGGAUUGAGAGUAGUGUUUUAAAAAUCAGGUAAAUCGCAAUGACUUAAUCGAUGUCAAUAUCGAAGUCGUGUGAGAAAUUGUUAUAGUAUGAGAACAAUUUCGUAAUUCGUGCUUUCAAAAUUUUAUAUUUUUUUUUUUUCAUUUCAGGAAAUGUAAUUACCUAUUAUUUAUAGCAUUAUAAAAUAUAUACAUAUACAUAUAAGAAUACUUAAAUUACUUGUGAAUAAAAAUAAUUUAAUUUUUUUUUUUCAUUUCAGGAAAUGUAAUUACCUAUUAUUUAUAGCAUUG